AUACUGCCUUCACUCUCCGAAUCCUCGACGUCGGUCUGAAGGAGAAUCUGACAAAAUGCGUGAGUGUAUUUCCAUGCACGUCGGCCAAGCCGGAGCCCAGAUGGGCAAUGCAUGCUGGGAGCUGUACUGCCUGGAGCAUGGGAUCCAGCCUGACGGUCAGAUGCCUAGUGACAAAACCAUUGGAGGAGGAGACGACUCCUUCAACACCUUCUUCAGUGAGACAGGAGCUGGCAAACAUGUCCCUCGCGCUGUGUUUGUGGACCUGGAGCCCACUGUCAUUGAUGAGGUACGAACGGGUACCUACCGCCAGCUGUUCCACCCAGAGCAGCUGAUUACUGGUAAAGAGGAUGCUGCCAACAAUUAUGCCCGUGGGCACUACACAAUUGGCAAGGAGAUCAUCGACCUGGUGCUGGACAGGACCCGCAAACUGGCGGACCAGUGCACUGGGCUCCAGGGAUUCCUGAUCUUCCACAGUUUUGGUGGUGGUACCGGCUCCGGGUUUACCUCCCUCCUCAUGGAGCGUCUGUCUGUUGACUACGGGAAGAAGUCCAAGCUUGAAUUUGCUGUCUACCCCGCACCCCAAGUUUCCACAGCUGUGGUGGAGCCUUACAACUCCAUCUUGACCACCCACACCACCCUGGAACACUCCGACUGUGCCUUCAUGGUGGACAACGAGGCCAUUUACGACAUCUGCCGUAGGAACCUGGACAUUGAGCGUCCCACCUACACCAACCUGAACCGGCUGAUCGGUCAGAUCGUGUCCUCCAUCACGGCCUCGCUGCGCUUCGACGGCGCCCUGAACGUGGAUCUGACCGAGUUCCAGACCAACCUGGUGCCCUACCCUCGUAUCCACUUCCCCCUGGCAACCUAUGCCCCCGUGAUCUCUGCCGAAAAGGCCUACCACGAGCAGCUGUCUGUUGCUGAUAUCACCAACGCUUGCUUCGAACCAGCCAAUCAGAUGGUCAAGUGCGACCCCCGUCACGGCAAAUACAUGGCCUGCUGUCUCCUGUACCGUGGUGACGUGGUGCCCAAAGACGUCAACUCCGCCAUCGCCACCAUCAAAACCAAACGCUCCAUCCAGUUUGUGGACUGGUGUCCUACCGGCUUCAAGGUGGGUAUCAACUACCAGCCCCCGACCGUGGUGCCCGGAGGAGACCUGGCAAAGGUGCAGAGGGCCGUGUGCAUGCUCAGCAACACCACGGCUAUCGCCGAGGCCUGGGCCCGUCUGGACCACAAGUUUGACCUGAUGUACGCCAAGCGGGCCUUCGUCCACUGGUACGUCGGGGAAGGCAUGGAGGAGGGAGAGUUCUCCGAGGCCAGAGAAGACAUGGCUGCCCUGGAGAAGGAUUACGAAGAGGUGGGAACAGACAGCAUUGGAGAUGAAGACGAAGAGGGAGAAGAGUACUAAAAUGGCCGCCCCAGCCCUGGCUUGCUGAUCCCUCCAGCAGCUUUUGUUGCAUGUAAACAGCUCCAGCGUGUACAGCUUCCGCAAGGACGAAAAUGGAACCAUUCCAUUCUACAAGCACAUUCCACAGAGCUACAAGGACAUUCCUAAUGGGUCAUUUUCAAUAAAAGAUAUUCAUAAACUCA